UCUAGAAAGCUCUGGCUCCUUUUAGGCUCUCUGAAGAAACUCUGGAAAGGCCAAGGGCAUUGGAGUGUAACACAAAAGUCUAAAGUUCCAGCGACAGAAAAAAGAGGGUGAAAGGACUGCUGCCAAACUCAGAAGAGAGGGAAGAGGACGAGGACUCCCACCUCUCUCACUGACACUGAAUCCUUCCCAACAUUAACGGAUCUCUACUCAGGAUAAAGGAAUACCACAAACAUGGCCUCAGAGACCACCGUGUGGGCCCCAGAGACCCACGUGCCGGCCCCAGAGACCCACAUGCUGGCCCCAGAGACCCACAUGCCGGCCCCAGUUUGCCUCAUCAAGAAUACUAAAGGGCAACUGGUGGUUAAUCCAGAAGGCUUGACAAUCCUGUCUGCCAUCAAGCAGCCCGUGGUGGUGGUAGCUAUCGUGGGCCUCUACCGCACAGGCAAAUCCUACCUGAUGAAUAAGUUGGCUGGGAAGGACAAGGGCUUCUCUCUGGGCUCCACAGUGCAGUCUCACACCAAAGGAAUCUGGAUGUGGUGUGUGCCCCAUCCCAAGAAGCCAGGACACACCCUAGUUCUGCUUGAUACUGAGGGCCUGGGAGAUGUAGAGAAGGGAGACAACCAGAACGACUCCUGGAUCUUUGCCCUGGCCAUCCUCCUGAGCAGCACCUUCGUGUACAACAGCAUGGGAACCAUCAACCAGCAGGCCAUGGACCAACUGCAUUACGUGACAGAGCUGACAAAUCGAAUCAGGUCAAAAUCCUCCCCAGGUGACAGUCAGGUAGAAGACUCAGCUGACUUUGUGAGCUUCUUUCCAGCAUUCGUGUGGACUCUCAGAGAUUUCUCCCUGGACCUGGAAAUAGAUGGACGGCCUAUCACCGCUGAUGAAUACCUGGAGCAUUCGCUGCAGCUAAAAAAAGGUACUAGUCAAAAGAAUAAAAUCUUUAAUGAGCCUCGACUAUGUAUUCGAAAGUUUUUCCCCGAGAAGAAGUGCUUCAUUUUCGACCGUCCUGCUCAUAGGAAGUACCUUACCCGCUUGGAGCAGCUAAAGGAGGAAAAUCUGAACCCUGAAUUCCUAGAACAAGUUGCAGAAUUCUGUUCCUACAUCUUCAGCCAUGCCAAGGUCAAGACUCUCUCAGGUGGCAUCACAGUCAACGGGCCGCGUCUAGAGAAUCUGGUACUGACCUAUGUAGAUGCAAUCAGCAGUGGGGAUCUGCCCUGCAUGGAGAAUGCAGUCCUGGCCUUGGCCCAGUUAGAGAAUGCAGCUGCAGUGCAAAAGGCCAUUGACCACUAUGAGCAGCAGAUGAGCCAGAAGGUGCAGCUGCCCACAGAGACCCUCCUGGAGCUGCUGGACCUGCACAGGGCCAUUGAGAAAGAGGCCAUUGAAAUAUUCAUGAAGUACUCUUUCAAGGAUGUGGACCAAACUUUCCAGAAGAAAUUAGGGACCCAGUUGGAUGUAAGGCGAGAUGACUAUUGUAAGCAGAAUAUGAAAGCAUCAGCAGAUUAUUGCACGGAAUUACUUGAGGAUAUUUUUGGUCCUCUAGAAGAGGAGGUGAAGCUGGGGGUGUUUUCUAAAGCAGGAGGUUAUCAGCUCUUCAUUCAGAGGAAGCAUGAGCUGCAGGAUAAGUACGACAAAGUUCCCAGAAAAGGAAUACAGGCAGAAGAGAUGCUGAGAAAAUACUUAAAGUCCAAAGAGGAUGUGGCUGAUGCCCUUCUAAAGACUGAUAAGUCGCUAACAGAAAAGGAAAAAGAGAUUGAAGUGGAACGCAUAAAGGCUGAAUCUGCAGAAGCCGCACAGCAGAUGUUGGAGGAAAUGCAAAAGAAGACUGAGCAGAUGAUGGAACAGAAAGAGAAGAGUUAUCAGGAGCAUGUGAGACAGUUGACUGAGAAGAUGGAGAGGGACAGGGCCCAGUUGCUGGAAGAACAAGAGAGGAUAAUAGCUAUUAAACUUCAGGAGCAGGAACGACUUCUCAAGGAGGGAUUCCACAAUGAAAGCAACAAACUAAAAAGAGAGGUCCAGGAUCUCCAAAGGAGAGCAUCAGCACACAAGCCCUGCACCAUACUCUAAAAAUCUCAGAAACAUAAUCUCCCUACUACCCAGCUUCUUCUCCCCAAGGAACAAAUUGAAUGAACAACUUCAGAAGGCCAAACAAUGGCUGCUAAACUUAUCUUGAAAUCAUGACACUUGAAUUUGUUUUCCUUUUAAAAAAAGUUUUUACCAAUGGAGUGCAUGUGAUAUUUUGUUACAUGCAAUGUGUAAUCUCAAGUCAAGGUAUUUAGAAUAUCCAUCCUCUCAAGAGAAAUGCUUGCAUUUUUGCUAAGUCAUAAAGAUUACAAAGUGAAGCUUAAUUAUAAAGUCAAUAUUUCACCUGCUGAGCAAUUCAAUUCAUGCUUAUUUAUGUCCUAAUUACUAAUAUGAUCCUUAACUGCAUCCUAUGUUUGAAAUUAUGCACAAGGGCUCAAGAGAUACUAAAUCAUGUAACUGGUAUGUAUUUUACAGUGGGGAGAUCUCAUACAUUUUCUGUUUAAGGUAGACUUUUCCCCCCUCAUAUAUACCACCCUUCUAUAUUUUCUCAAUAUAUCUUCUCUUACUUAAGGAGUACUUUGGUCCUAAAAUAAGUUAGGACCUAGGGAUAACGUUGAACUGCUGUGAACAUGGCAUAAAUCUGAUGUGACUGAACAAAACCAUGGGCACAGUUGGGCAUCACUCCUGUUGAAUAGUUUUGGAUCACAUACCGGCUGCAAGUAAGAGAGAUCUGGGACACUUCACUGGACUUCGGUGUGUAGUGUGUAGCUUUCACUUGGGUGGAGGCUGCCUGGCCUGUGGGCACUGAUGAACUCCUGGACAUUGGGAGAGGAAGUGGUGACCUCUGUGCAGAAGGCAUGUAUGAGUGGACCCUCCACCUUCUCUAUAUAUACCGUCUAGGUCUACAAUCUCCAGCCCUUAAGCUUACAGUUGGGGAUAUUCUGUCAUAAAACAAUAAUCUCUGGUCAAAAAAAUAUAUUUGACAUGUUAAAUUAUUAGUAUUAUUAAUUUUUUUAACUACAUCAAUAAACUGACCAUAAAAUAUGAAUUUAAAUAAAGACCUAGAAAACUACCAACUAAUAAAACUAAAAAAGGGUUUAGAAGAAAUAGAGCUAUAGACCAUGAUCUAAAAUGGAAGCUAAUAAAUAAAUAAAUUAAUUAUCCAUAAAUCAAUUUAUAUUGGCCUACUAUAUCCAAUCCAUUGCCAAUAAAAAUUUUGGAGGUUCUUCACUAUAGAAUCCUAAUUUUCAUUCAGAAGUGUUAGGAGAAGCCAAAACAAUGUACUAGAAAAAAAUUUCAGAAUCAGAUAUUAAAACAAAAUAUAAAAUAGAAUCAUUUUUAAAGUGUGGCACUGAGUAUCAUAAGAAUAAACAGGCAAUGGGACUUAAUGGAUAGUCCAGAAACAAAUUUAAGUUUAAAAAAGAACUGUGUAACCAUUAAAAAAUUUUAAUCUAUUAUACAUAAGUAACAUCAAAGUAAGUUCUUUUUUAAAUGUUUUAUUUUUAUUGUAAAUUGACAAAUCAUGUAUAUUUGUGAAGUAGAAAGUGAUGUUAUGAUUAUGAAUACAAUAUGGGAACAAUUAAAGUCAGCUAAUUAACAUAAUCAUUAAUAUCUA